GAGUAUACUCACGAAAAUAACACGAAAAGCAUAAAAUAUGCAGACUAAUACAUCAUAAAUAUACCAUAUGACUUCGUAAAGGUAUAUAUAUAUAUAUAUAUGUAGAGAGAGACAUCCUGAGAAUAUUGUUUUCUCUCAAAAUUAGGCAACUCAUUACAAUGAGGCAUCUGUGGAUUAUUGCUGUUCUCCUACUCAUAUACUUGCACCGACCUGUAUUUUCAGAAACUGAAAGCAAACAAAAUAAUUUAGGUUUAAAGUUGCCUGACCCAUGGAGAAAAUGGUGGGAAAUUUUAACGAGGUUUUUCCAGACUGUGUGUACUCUCAAUACAUUUUGGGAUUUAUUCGGUGGCAAAUUUUUUACAUCAGCUGGAACUCGAUAAACGUCGCACACAUCAAAAAAGGCACACGCCUUAAUAAACAAUUUUUUUCUAACAUUUGAAUUCAAUGUCAUUUAUAGAUUAUACUAAAACAUAUCAGUUGCUUUUCAUGUGAACUUUAAAUGUAACUCUGAAUACAGAAUAUAUUUUCAUUUAAACAGCAUAAACUUAUUACAAAAUCUCAUUGGAGUAAUAUUAUCGUAUCAUUUAUCAUGUUUUAUAUUGAAUAAAAUCAUCCCAUAAAGG